AUGGAUAUUAUUCGAAGGACUACAGUCGACCUUUGUCAUGUUCUUAAGCGACUAAAUCUUUUCAAUACAUAUUCAACAAAUGCAAAACAGAUCCAACAUGAGAUUCUCACUACUCGUAUCUAUCUUAUUCUACUCCCAACGGUUCUCACCAUUUUUAUCGUUUAUUCAGCACAAACGAAGUUGUAUUACACUGUUCAAGUGAGUAACCCAACUCUCAAUACUUAUCGACAGUUACUUGAUCUUUAUCCUGAUACUCUUUCCUGUCCUUGUUCACAACUUUCCUUAUCGUAUUCAACUUUUGUCACUUUAACACAUCACCUUCAUCCAGUAUGUUCGAGUGACUUUAUAACUGAGCCGUGGUUUUCUUAUCUUUACUAUGACAACGCGAGUUCGUACAAGCCAAUUGAUAUUCGAUCGGUUGGAAAUGCGCAGUUUCAACUUUUACGUACCCUUUGUGAAUUUUCAGAGCACAUCAUUGAAGAUGCCUUCAAAACAACAUUUGUUGCAUCAGUUUUUACUAAUAACGACGGGCUGUUGUUGAAAUUAGACGUCCUUCGCGUUCAAGUCGACGCAUUUGCGAGUAGCUUUAUUGGCGGCAUUAUUAGUGAACAACGACGUCAACUAGCUUUGUUCACCAUAGCUUUCGAUCGCAACUUCCUUGUUUCUGCAUUAGAAACAUCUGCUAUACCUAUCAUUGGUUCCAAAUUUAAACUACAAAUGAAAAUACCUCAAUACAUGUCAACUUUUGUCGGCACGAUAGUUCAAACUCGAACUGUAUGCCAAUGCGACUCAGCAUAUACAUGUGUAUCACCACUUGGCAUUGCUGAUAAUUCGAUCAGUGAGUCGGUGCCUUCGCAAUCGGUUACUUUAGUUACGCAAUCAAACAGUUUUUUAGCGACUGUGAAUGGAUUUCAAUCUGGUUGUUUACCUCUCAAUUCAUUGCUUCUGUCAACACUUGAAUGUUAUAAUAAUCAAAGUUGUUUAAGCAAUUUUAUGGAUUAUUUACCGGGCACUAACGUUUCGUUUCAUAUUCUCGAUAGAAGUAUGUUAAAUCAAUCCACUCCGACGACGCUUAUCAAUACAAUAGCUGAUCAACUCAUGGUGGAGCAAUGGUCGACGAAAAUGAAUUAUUCUCGAUAUUUCGAAGAAUGCCAUCCGAUAUUGUGUUCUUAUAUCUACAUGGAAAGGUUUAGUAUUACCUACGUUUUUACAACAGUUGUAGGUCUUCUCGGAGGAAUCAUCAGCAUUCUUCGGCUUCUUUGCCCAUGGUUAACCCGUAUUUUGUAUAAGACACAAAGUUUUGUUCUUUCCAAGAACAAAACUUGUCCUACUGGUCCUCUGCCAACAGGUAAAAUAAUAGUAAUGAAUCCUUCAAAACUACGUCAGCCAUUAAAAGCACGAAUCCAUGAACUAUUUACAAAAACGUACAAUGAAGUAUAUACGUUGAAUCUUUUCACACGUCGAAACAGUUCUGCUUUUGACAUUCGAGAACAAAUAAUCAGCACACGAUUCUAUAUUGCUUGUUUAAUCAUGUUUACCUUAGUUCUCAUGUCCGUGACUACACUUGAACAGCGAAUGACAACAAAUACUGUCUCGAAGCCAACUAUAACCGAAUUCGAGAAUCUCUAUCAAAGCGGAAAAUUGACUCAUUCAUGCUCAUGCUCUCGAAUCGCUAUUCCACGCUCAGAAUUUAUCUCUCUUACACAAACUUUCCAUCAAGUGUGUUUUAGUCAACUACUUACACCCGAUUGGCUAGAUCGUUUAAUUUAUACAACAAAUACUCGAUCGGCGUAUUAUUACUUAGACAUUCGUUCGUAUGGGCUGGAUAUGUUCCGAACAAUUCUCUCAUUUUGCUCAUUAGUCAAUGAAACCAUCCUUGAUGCAUCCGAGGAAUUUCUUACUACUGAUUGGAUUAGCACUCAAGUAUUGUCUCGUCAACAAUUUUAUGAACAAGUCGAAACAGUGAUUGCUGAUUUUGAACUUAAAGUGAAGAAUACGUUUAAACAAUCAUUUAUCAUCGUACGUGAAAUCCACCAAGCUGAUCAAGUCCUUAGUAGUCGAGUUUCGAAUUUCUUCUUCAAUGGAAUCUUCGAUAAUAGCAGUCAUCUAGUCGAUGUGCAAACUUAUACCGGAACGUUGUCAUCGGUUACUGACGUGUUGCCAACAUGUUCCUGUGUAUUCAAUACAUGUAAUCAACAAUUAGGUUUCUAUCAGACGAAGCGUGGUGGGCAGACAUAUGCAUUGAUUGUCAAUGUUCCCGGCAUGUUUAGUGCGUGUUAUCCAGUAGAUGGUGUUCGAAUGUCGACGUUCGAAUGUUGGUUUAAUGAAACUUGUAUUGCAUUAGUUUUAUCGAAUCUUGCGCCGUUUCCCGUGAAAGAAUAUUUUGAUCCACUACAAACUAGCAAGUUGAUUCGCUUUUCUCCAAACACGAGAAUCGGUGACAUUAUUGAUGAUCUCAUGGUUGAAUCGUGGACUAAUAUUACCAGUUACGAAAACUAUUACAACAGUUGUAAACCGUUGAUAUGUUCGUACACAACUUAUCAUCGAUUUAAUUGGUUUUAUACUAUUACAAUAUUGGCAUCUGUUUUUGGAGGCUUAUCUUUGUCUCUUCGAAUAAUCUGUCAAUUUACAAUAAAACUUUAUUUCAAAUGGCGACAAAGACGAACGACAGCAAUGCCAGGUCAACUAGCAACAGUGAAUGUUAAUCUUAUGUCCAGAGUUAUUACUCAAGUGCGAUAUACCUUAUCGACAAUGAAUCUGUUCAAUUCAGACUCACCGCAUGCACACAUUCAACGACGUGAGCAACUUUCUACACACCUCUUUAUUAUUCUAUUUGUGACUACUUGUUUCCUUCUGUUCAUUUACAUGUUAUUUGUAACUCAUACUCGUGCAGUAACUGAGAACAAUCCAUCAUCGGCCCGCGUUGCCUAUUUGAAUGAUAAAUAUUCAAUGACAUUGUCUUGUCCUUGCAUGCAAACAUCGAUACCAUAUUCUAACUUUCUCUCACUAGAAGUUUCCAGUUAUCAUUCGAUUUGUUCAAGUUCGCUAUUGUCACAAGAGUAUCUUCAAGCUUUGUCGGGUGGUGAAAUGAUUAUUUUACCUGAAUCUAAAUCUUUUAAAAGACAAUUUCUUGCUGCCCAGUUGUCUCUACUCAGUAGACUUUGUCUAAUGGUCAAACAAACAGUCAAUACUUCAAUUACACACUUCCUACAGCAACGAUUCAUUGCUGCACAAGUCUUAACAGCAAAUCAGUUUUACGAACAGAUUAACAUAACUUUCAAUCGAUUCUAUCUCGAUAUAUCACUUGCUCUUCGCCAUUCUAUCGAUUUCUUGCAAUCGGUAACACAUGGUAAUGCAAUUAUGUCAAGUUACGUUAGUAAUUGGCGAUUUCAACCAAAUUCAGCAACAAAUUCCUCCACGAUUCUCACAAGACCAGUCUCAUAUGCAAACUGUUCAUGCGCAAGUUCAACGCAAUGCUCAUUGCCAUUGAGCAUUGAUAACGUAACUUUUCCUGGCUUAGCCAUCGGAUGUUUACCAUCCACUGUUCUACUUCAAACAACUCUGCAGUGCUUUUACAACCAAACAUGUCUCGAUGCACUGCAUAGUACAAUUUUUAAAAAUGUGACGAUUCCAUCGUUACCGAGCAGUCUUAAUAAAUCAAAAUACUAUUCAUUCAAUGCAUCCGUGGGAGGACUUCUCAAUGAACUGUUUAUCGAAAGUUGGUCUCAUCAGAAUGAUUUCGAAGCAUUCUUUCAAACGUGUCAAGUCUUAGCGUGUACUUAUACUUACAAUGUCCAACCAGAUGUUCUUUACAUAGUAACAACAAUGAUUGGCAUCAUCGGAGGGUUAACCGCCAUAUUUCGGCUCGUGUGCCCUUUUUUAAUACUCAUAUUUCUGUAUUUAAUCAAUCGAAUUCGAAAGAAACCAUCAACAUUGACCGAAAUAAUCAUGCCUUCAAUUGUACCAAUAAAUGUCGUUAGACGUAUUUCAUCACCUCAAGAUACAGUGAUCAGCGACGAACAAACGACGCUCGAUUCAACAGAUCCUUGGUGGAGAAAUGAUCGUCGCCUUAAAACAAUGAUUGCAGUCGUUAUAUUCAUUGUAAUCAUUCUAACUGUACUUCCAAUCAUGUUAAAAAGAUUACUAUCAAGCUCUUCUACAACCAAUAGUCCGUAUUCAUCAACAAUCGUGUCUACUCCAGAAUCAAAAGUCAGUACUAUGAAAGUUCCACUCAUGUCGUUGUGCUCUGCAAACGCCACAUGGAAUAAUAAGGCCGUUACGGUGGCUGGUUUUACUAACGGAACAUACUCAGAGUCACUCACUACUCUUUACUCUCCGUAUGAUUUAUUUAUUGAUAGCAUUGGCAAUAUGCAUAUUUUAGACAGUUUGAAUUAUCGAAUCUUAUAUUGGCCUAACAACUCAACUGAAGGUCGUAUAGUAGCUGGCACCGGUGAGCCUGGUUCGGAUGCCGAUCAAUUGUUCUACGCCGUAUCGUUUGCAGUGGGACAAGGUCAAAUGUAUGUAUCGGAUACAGCCAACCAACGAGUGCAGGCAUUUCCGUUCACAACAUCAUCAGGCUCGCCUAAUGCUACGACAAUAUUAGGACAGAAUUUUGUCGGCAAUGAGCGUAGUAUGCCCAUUAUAGUGUUAGGUAUGGCCUUCGCUUAUAAGUCUGGAUUCUUAUACUUGAAUGACUACUUAAACCACCGUUUAUUAAUCUUAAAUAUAAGUGACGACAAUGUUCAAAUUGUCGUUGACUCUGAACUGUCCAUAAUGAAUAGUUCGAUUUCGUUGCACCCAACCGGCAUUGUAAUUGAUGAAAUAGCAAACAUAUUUUAUGUGUCCGACGCCAUUUCAAAUAUUGUAGUAAAAUUUCAAAUCAACUCGACAAUAGGUAACGUCGUCGCAGGUCGCUUAAUCAGCAGCUCAAUUUAUAAUCAGCUCAAUCAACCUGUAGGCAUGGCAAUUGAUUCAUCAGGAUAUUUAUACAUUGCUGACUCGGGAUAUAAUCGAGUUGUACAACUAAUCAAUGGCAAUGGAGAUUUACGUACGAUUGCAGGCGUGGGUUUCAUCGGUGCCACUGUAACACGUCUGUUUGGUCCAACUAUGAUAAAAUUCGAUCAAUACUAUAAUUUGUAUGUUGCUGAUAGCAAUAACAAUAGAAUACAACGGUUCGAUUUACUUGACAAUGGCUGUUAG